AUGGUAUUUUAAUAUUGUGUAGCGUGUGGAAGGAAAUCAGAAGGAUUGGUGAAAUUGCUUCCUCAUUUCAAAUCCUCCAAGGAAUACGAGUAUAUCCAUAAAAAGUGCCUAUUAUUUUACAAAUCUAAAUGGAAUCAUAGAUUGGCAGUCAAUAAAAAAUUAUUUUACAAGGAUUACUUGAAGCAUUGUUCAAUUUGUGGAAAAAAAAACUAUAAAUAAGUUGUUCAUUGUUCAUAUAGGUAUAAUUAGAAUGUGUAAUUCGUAAAAGUUUAUGUAAAAAGAGCUUUCAUUUUGAUUGUGUAGACAACCCUAAAAUAUCUAAGACUGAAGAGAAGAGUCACCGUCCUCCUAAGUUAUUGAUAUUUUGCUCAUAGCAUGAUUCAAUAGAAAAUGUUGUUACUGAUUUAGAUGAAACAGUGAAUUCCCUAUAUAACUCUUAUAUAGUUUAGAAGCAAUAAGAAGAAGAACCUCAUUCACAUCAUAAAUCUAAACAUAAAAAGAAGCAUAAAAAGAAGUAUUCCCACACAAGAUCUCGUUCCCUUAGAAAAAAAUCAAGAACUUCAAGCAAAAAUUUAAAAUUUAGUGAUGGAGAAGAUUCCGAAUCAAAAAAAUCCAUUUCUUAUAUUAUCUAACCAAAAUAGCCCUAUACAAAUCUUUUAGUGAUUCAAAAUAAUAUUAUAACUCUUGAUUUAAUGGAUCAAGCUUUUUCUAAUAAAUUAUAGAAUAAAGUAUAGACAGAAAUAGUUACUAAAACACCACCAUUAACAUUAAAUUGUUAAUUUUAAUAAUAAAUUCAUCAUUAAGAAUAACUUUUAAAGUCAUAACCAUUAUCUUAACAAUAACCGCCAUAACUAUAAAUUGAGAAUCAUAAAAAUGACUAUAUAAGAUAAUAAAUUUUCCCUUAGAUCACUAAAAUUACAUUAGAAGAUCCAGAAUUUCCGAUGUAAGAGAGAGAAACAAAAAGAGAUUAAUCUAUAGCAAAAUGGUGGGAAAAGAUUGAUGAUGUUUUUUUUAAGGGAGAAGUAAACAUGCCCUUAACAAAAUUAGAAGAAUUAGAAAAUUUAUUUUAAUGGCAUAAUUAAGUUUUAGAUUAAAAUCUUUUAGAUAUAUCAGAUGCGAGUAAUUUUGGUAAUGCUUUGAUUUAUGGUUAGAGCCAAUAAUUUAGUUAAGAUAUCUAUAUAGAGACUCCAUGAAUGUUGUAUUUCGAAUUUCACAAUCUUCCUAUUAGUACACUAAUUGUAAAACAAUCUUUUAGAUUCAUACGAUAUUAUUUCACUGAUUAUAUUGGUCGAACCAAUACCAAAGGAUAGAUCCUAACAAAUCUAAGACUUUAUAGAUAUCCAUAAGAAAGUGUCCAUUUAAUAAAGAAUUUAUAAAUAUCUGAGAAAGAAGUACAAAUAUUAAUUUGCUAAAAAGGAGCCAGUAGGAAAAAGUCUUGUUUUUCAAGAAUCCUGUGAAUUAAGUUAAGAGGAUUUUGAUAAAUGUAUAAAAUUAGAAGAAAAAAUUAAAGUUUAGUAAUAACUUUUAGAGUAAAAUCUUGAUAUAGAAAAUGAGACAUUGGAAUAAUUGGAUAUUGUAUAUCAUACAUUAAAAGAGGAUUUAAAUGAAAUUGUUCUGUAAAAUAAUUUAAUGAGGGAAAAUAUCAAUAAUUAAAUUAUAGCUAUCUAAGAUUAUGAAGACUUAACAAAAUUAAAAAAAAAGUAAUAAUUGAUGAUGGAUUUAUUAAAAUGGUCAUAAAUAGUAAAAGCUUUUAUUAAUGGAUAUAAAGAAAAAUAAAAAGAUGUUUUAAAUACAUUUUAUCCUUGUUUAAAUUUGGAUUCUCAAUCCUCUUAAAAAGCUUAGUUAAAAAAGAAAAAAAUACAUUCAAAAGAAAAUACAAAACCACUUGAAACUGAUUGUAAAAUAUGCUUUGAUUAUCAUUAUACCGAUUUUAAUCCAGUUAUUUAUUGUGGAAGAUGUUCAACAUCAUUUCAUAAAAUUUGUUAUUGUUUUUUAGGAAAUCUUGAUGAAUAAGAUGUCCUUUGUGAUGCAUGUUAAUUUGAAUAAAAUUAAUUAGGAACUACUAAAAGAAGUAAAAUAUUGUUUUAUUUUAGAUUAAGCAAAAUGCAGAAUUUGUAAAAAAUUAGGACUUCCAUAAAAAUACAUUGAUAAUCAAUUUUAUCAUGUUUCCUGUUUAUUGCUUACAAAUUUAGUCAUUAUAAAAAAAGGUGUUUUUGAAGUAAAAAGUAGUAAAAAUGAUAUUAAAUAAUUCUGUAAAGAUAAUGAAACAAGUACACCAUAAUGUGCUAUAUGUGGUGAUGUAAAAGGUAUUAUUUUAUUAUAUCAUAAUAGGAUUUCGAUUUACAUGUUUUGGAAAUGAGACAAUCCCUUGUCGUCAUGCAUUCCAUCCUUUAUGUGCAUAUCUUCAUGGACUUACAAUUGAUAUAGAAACUGAAGAUAUAGAAUAAUGUUUUGCAUAAUAAAGAUUUGGUUAAUUGAAUGUUCGUAUUAAAUGUGUAUUACAUUGUGGAAAAGAUUUGCAAGAUUUAUUACUACAAACUUAUUAUAGGUAAUGAUUAUGCAUAAUUAUAUUUUAGAAGAUUUGCAUUAAAUUAUGACCAAGCAGCUUAAUGUGGAGGUUAAGAAGUCUUUUUAGAAGAUUUUAAAACAACUAAGGGAUAUAAAUAUUUAUACUCAAAACAACCAAUAUCAAAGAAUGACUCUUUAUUAUCAUAAAUAUAUAAUUUAAAUUGAAC